UUCAUGUCUCUCCGCCAUUCUUAGGAUCAGCUGAUGGUGUUCCGAUCGUCAGGAUCUGAGCGUCGAUCGAUUCCUGGGCCAUUUCGAUCGCUUGGUUUCCGAGAAUCUCCUGGGGACGACGAUUCACUAUAUUCUCUCCUGCUCACUGCGAAUUGCGAAUUGCGCGGUCUGUGAAGUCGACAUCAUAAUCAACCUGCCACGGCAACGAGAGAAAGGUGUGCAGGGCGGGCGGGCCUACAUGACAUGACCGCGUCUUUGUUUGGUAGCUGCUGAAAUGCUUCACGAUGAAACUGCUGCCCGCUUCCUUUUUGACUGAUUCAGUCGAGCUACUGUCGAUGGUUUCGGUUUCGGCAGCAGCUGCAGUCGACGUGAAUUUCGGUUCUCGGAUUCGGAUUUGGUCGCAGAAAAUCUGAAUCUGCAGCUGCAUCUGCGCCUGAAGCGUUCGAACCUUUGAGACAACUCCCAAAGCUUGAAACCACGACUCCAACUCUCAGCUGCAGUCCCCUUUGUGUGGUACAGGCCUACCUACAGUAUCGUCUCCAGCUAUGACGUCGUCUUGACAUUUGAUACUCAGUAAGUCGAGGUGUCACACCAAUCGAAUAUAAUAUUACGAGAAAGGAGGUCAAUUCUGCACAAGUCAGAGCGCGCUCGACAAUGCACGUCCUCGUGAUGGUCUUCGCACUAGAACCUUGACAUUGACCGGUGCGUUGUGUCUAGAUCAUCGUCGAGACGAAGGUACAAUGGAGACGACGAGAGCGUCUCUAUGGCCUUCGUGGCGAGUACUCCUGGCCGCCAUCAGUGUCACUGCAAUUCUCGAACCAGUUCCUGCGCUCGGAUUGUGCGAGUGUCUGACGGGGUUUGAGUGUCCGACGGGGUUUUUUAAUUUCGGGGACUCGCUCACUGACACUGGCAACAAUGCGAACGCAUUCCCCGUUCUCCUGAACUACGAACUGCCACCGUACGGCGAGAAUUUCUUCCGAAAACCAUCCAAGCGCGUGACGAAUGGCCGCGUCGUGCCUGAUUUUUUCUCUCUGGCUUUCAGGAAAGCACUUUUGCAGCCAUACACGCAGGUCGGUGCAUUCGACUACCGCCACGGAGUCAACUUUGCGGCUAGUGGAGCGACGGCUUCGACCGAUCAAACGCACACGCCAUUCUAUUUGUCGUUCCAGAUUGCCCAGUUCGUCCUCUUCAAACAAACCACAGAGGCUCAAACCCGUCAAUCACAAUGCUUUCCAUGGGACCUCAGGCUGCCGAGGAGCGAUGUCUUUCAGAAAGCCUUGUACACCAUCGAAAUCGGAGGCAACGACAUGAUUUACGCCAGCAUAGCCAAGCGCAGCCCGUCAUUUAUUCUUAAUGUUACGAUACCUGGGGCCAUGAAAAACUAUGCCGAUGGAGUCAAGACCUUGUACAAGCACGGUGCCAGACGGUUUCUCUUCUUCCUGGUUCCGAACGCAGGCUGUGCGACCAUAAUCGUGACUCUGUUCGGAGAGCAUGCCGAGCUCGACGACAUGGGUUGUGUAAAAGCAGUCAACGAGGUCGAUCAAGCCUACAACGCUGCCUUGCGCUCAACUGUCGAGAUCCUGCGAGCUGAAUGCCCCGAUGCCAGCAUGGACAUCUUCGAUUACUAUGCCGCAAAUCUGGAGAUUCUGAAGAACCCAGUUGAAUACGGAUUCAAUCCGAGUUUAACGAAGACUGCGUGCUGCGGAGCUCCGGGAGUCGGACCCUUCAAUUACAACCCUUCUAAGGCUUGUGGCCUUCAUGGUUCCUCCAAAUGUGCGAACCCGGAGGAGCACGUGAACUGGGAUGGAGUGCAUUUCACCGAAGCUUUCUACCGACUCAUAGCUAUGUUCGCUCUCAGUGGCAAGUUUACCGAUUUUGGUAUCGAUUACUCCUCCAGGUGUCACCUGGAUUACUCACUUUUUGGCACUUCUGUGACAUACGAGGAGGCUUAUCCCGGUUCCUGCAAAGUAGCGCUAGAUCGAGAACCAUCUUCAGUCCCCUCGCAUUCGGGAACUUUCGCCCUUUGAGAAGCUAGCAUCAAUUCAUUCUAUAGUAAAACUAGGAAUUGGGGAAGAUGUCAAUUUGGGGCCUUUUACUCACCAGACGGUCGUUCUACCACCAUACUUCCGGCAUGAUGCUCGCUCUAACUGACGACAGCCGGGCUUGUUAGAAGUGCCUUCAAUUUGGUGCAAUUUCGAAAGUUCUCGAACACCUUCUGUAUAAAACAUCCAGUCACGUCUUGUACCUCGUUCAGUCUCUAGCUCUGGAAGGAAAGGGCUUCGUUCCUCAUUUACAUGCACACGCUGUUCUUUACUU